AUGUCCAAACUAUCACGGCUCCAUGAGCUCUUAAUAGUGAAAAGAACUGCAAGAGAUGGACUCGAUCGCCCCGUUGAUAUGCUUGACAAUGACUCUAUCCGACCGACACCAGUAAAAGAGCGAACAUGGUCCCAACUCACCUAUAUCAUGUUCUGGUUCUCUGCGACUGCGAACGUCAGCAAUCUAUACACAGCUUCCACGGGAAUGUCCAUGGGACUGACUAUGUGGGAAGCGAUCGGGUGCUCCUUCGCAGGCCAGAUUCUUGCCGGUGUGUUGAUGGCUAUCAACGGACGUGGUGGUGCUAUGUACCGCAUUCCCUUCCCCGUUCUUUGUCGCGCCAGCUUUGGACAUUGGGGAGCAUUAUGGCCGACUUUUAAUCGUGCGGCCAUGUCAAUUGUAUGGAACGGUGUGAAUUCCGUUCAGGGAGGGCAAUGUUUAUAUGUCUUCCUCCAUGCUAUAUUCCCUUCCAUUGAAAAUAUCCCGGAUAAGAUGGGAUCCAAGUCGGCUUUGACCUCAGCACAAAUGAUGUGUUUCUUCGUCUAUUGGUUUAUCAAUUGCGCAUUCUUGAUAGUGCCGGUACCGAAAAUGAAGGGCCUGGUCUAUGCCAAAGUCGUGGUCUAUUUCGGCGCAGCCUUUGCUAUGCUGGGAUGGACUGUGAGCCUGGCCGGUGGCUCUCUGAAGUCAAUUAAUGCACCCUCAGAGAUUAAGGGCACCGAGAAAAGUUAUCUUAUUUUCAAGUUUUUGUUCUUGGGACUUGCAAGUUGCGGAACUUUCAUUUCCAACGCGUCUGAUCUCCAGCGAUAUGCUACAAAGCCUAAUGAUGUCCUCAUCGGCCAGUUUGUCAGCUUCCCAUUGUCGAACUUUUUAGUUGCUAUUCUCGGCAACCUCAUCGCAUCAGCUAGCAAAGAAAUCUUCGGAGAGCUUAUCUGGAACCCUCUGCAAUUCUUGGAUAAAUUGAUGGAAGGAGAGCGGUACACCUCUGGCAACCGCACGGCCUGUGCCUUUAUUGCUCUGGCAUUCGUUUAUUCAACUGUCUUUUCUGCCAUUUUCGAGAACUCUAUCCCUGCGGGUAACGACAUUGCAGCUCUGCUACCACGAUACAUUUCAGUCAAACGAGGAUUCUUCAUCUGCGCCGUCCUCUCCUACGCCAUCUGCCCCUGGUAUCUCCUCGCAUCAGCCUCAAUCUUCAUCACAUUCCUCUCCUCCUACCAAAUCUUCCUAUCAGCAAUCACCGGAAUUCUGAUCUGCGACUACUACGUUAUCCGCCGAGGACUACUCAACAUUCCGGCCCUCUAUGUCACGAAACCAAGUCCGUACCGAUACUUCCACGGAUUUAACUGGCGCGCAUUCUUGGCCUAUGUUAUUGCUAUUGCGCCGAACUUCUACGGUUUCCUUUUCCAGAUGGGUGUCAAGGCACCUCUAGGUAUCCAGCGAUUCUACUAUAUCGCUUACCCUACCGGUCUGAUAAUCGCAUUUGGCGUUUAUUACUUGUCAUGUUUGGCUUCCGCCCCGCCUGAUAUGAAGAAGGCAUCUGGAUGGAUGGAGCCCAAGGACUUUGUGGAAGAUGAUGAUGUCGUUGGGAGUGAUGGGUAUACCAUCGAUGCAGUUGAUCCUGGUUACGCGGAGAAGGGGGCUGUUGCGGUUACUCGAACAACUCAUGGUGAAAAGAGUUCAUUUUAA